GACUUCUUGGAGCAAUAACGGUGGAUCUUCAGGUGGAUCCAACUCAUCAAUAUCGCUGCUGGCAACUGCGGUCCCAUCGGUGCUACAUUGGAUAUAACUGCCUCGAGUGGGCCCAACGGGAACAUCAACUUCCUGAACUGUGGUAUCGGUUCUGGUGGUUGGACCCCGCCUUACAUCUCGGUCUCUGAUAUCAUUACCGUGGAAUUGGCUUCGGUAGCGUAUGAACCUAAUUCUGCGUUCUCGCCUUGCGCGGCAUACGUGUCGACAUUCGAGCAGUAUGCCGGUCAAUAUGGGCUUCCUGCCAUCUUGUUGGCGUCCUUCGCUAUGCAGGAGAGUGGCUGCGACCCUAGCACCGUCGGUGGUGCUGGUGAGCAAGGUCUCAUGCAGCUCACUUCAGACAAAUGCACCAACGCACCUGGAGGUAACUGCCAGGAUCCUGACUACAACAUUCACACUGGGGCACAGUUCUUCUCCGAUACCCUGAACAGCAACAACGGUGAUCUACUUUUGAGUAUUGGCCAGUACAAUGGCUGGUUCCAGGGUAUGACAUACGCUGACGCCACUGCCGAUCAGUACAGUGGGAACUGCAGAGCUCAGAACAACUUGGAUUACCUGCACCAAUUCUUGAAUGGCUGGUGCCAAAACAUCAACGCUUACUCGAACAAUCCUCCCCUUGGAGAAUACUUUAACCUUAACGUGUGCGGCAGUAGCUGAUCUCGUUACCCUUGAAACCUCAAGCAACCGGUCUCGCGUUGUCACGGCCAUGUUUGUCCGGAGCGAGAAUGGUUUUUUCAGAUACAGUAUACCUUAUACCCAUCAUUUCCACAGGUGACCGCAGGUCACUGUCCCCUCGCUAGUUGUUUUUUUUUGUGGUUAAUGCAACAUUUUUUGGUUACGAGGACGAGGCUCAUGUUCAUUUUAUAUGAUUGUACGAGUGGCUGCAAUGUCAGACACAUUCUAUCAAAACUUGUUUUAACUGAG